CCCCUGAAGGAUUAUGUUAUUCUUGAACAGAGCAGCUGCAAACGGUUCACAGUGCAAGACAAAACUUCCAUUUAGUGUCAGAAUGGCCCAAAGUCUCACCCCACUGCAAAGGCUAAAGUUCAACAACAUUGCAUUAAAAAAACUGCCGCUGGAUUCAUCACUAGAACCGGGAUCACGGACCGUGAGAGGAGCGUGUUUUUCCCGUGUCAAACCGCAGCCGCUGCUCAAGCCCACAAUCGUCGCGCUAUCUGAACCGGCUCUUGCUUUACUAGGACUGAACGCAGACGAAGUUUUACGUGACCCGCACGCGGCAGAAUAUCUGAGCGGGUCUCGGGUGAUUCCGGGCUCUGAGCCCGCUGCACACUGCUACUGCGGACACCAGUUCGGUCAGUUCGCUGGGCAGCUGGGUGACGGUGCUGUGUGUUAUCUGGGGGAGGUGGAGACCGGUGCUGAGCAAACUUCUGACCCGACCAGCACAAGCCCCUGUGGUCGGUGGGAAAUUCAGGUUAAAGGCGCUGGACGGACGCCUUAUUCUCGGCAGUCUGAUGGGCGUAAAGUGCUACGCUCCAGUAUUCGGGAGUUCCUGUGCAGUGAGGCCAUGUUUGCUCUGGGAAUUCCCACAACACGAGCAGGAUCACUGGUGACCUCUGAUCUUUAUGUCCAGAGGGAUGUGUUCUACAGUGGCAAUCCCAGACCAGAGAGGUGCUCGGUGGUUCUCAGAAUAGCACCCACCUUUAUCAGAUUUGGCUCGUUUGAGAUCUUCCACCCUGUGGAUGACUUCACAGGUAGACAGGGCCCUAGUGCUGGACGGACUGAUAUCCGUGCACAACUUCUGGAUUAUGUCAUUGAAACAUUCUACCCUGAAAUACAAAGAAGACAUUUAGACCGCCAAGAGAGGAAUGCUACCUUCUUUAGAGAGGUGACUGUGAGGACCGCUAAACUGGUUGCCCUGUGGCAAAGUGUGGGAUUUUGCCAUGGCGUUCUUAACACAGACAACAUGAGCAUCUUGGGGCUCACUAUCGACUACGGCCCAUUUGGCUUCAUGGACAGGUUUGACCCUGAGUUUGUGUGCAACGCCUCUGAUAAGAAAGGCCGUUACUCUUAUGAAGCUCAGCCGUAUGUCUGCCGCUGGAACUUGGCACGUUUGGCAGAGGCUCUUGGCACAGAGCUCCAGCCAGCCAGAGCAGGGGCCAUUUUAGAUGAGUUCAUGAGCCUUUAUGAGGGUUUCUACCUGGACAACAUGAGGAGGAAGCUGGGUCUUCUGAGACAACAAAAACCAGAGGAUGUGGAACUGGUGGCUGAUUUAUUGAAGACCAUGCAUAUUACAGGUGCAGACUUCACAAACACAUUUCGUCUGCUGAGUGCUGUGUCCAGUCCUGCCGGUGAGCAGGCAGAGAGAGACAGCACAGAUUCUGUAGUGGAACUGAUUGUGGAACAGUGUGCCUCACUGGAGGAACUAAAGGUGGCAAACCAUCCUAAAAUGCAGCCCGGUGAGUUGGAGAUGAUUCUCUCCAUGGCUGAGACAAAUCCCGGUAUGUUCAACAUGGUAGCCAAUCAGCCAGAGGUUGCCAAGCAGCUUGAGAAGAUUGGUAGGCUGAAGGAGCUUCUCACGAUCAAUGAGGUAGAGCUAAAAAUGAAGCAGAGAGAUCACUGGCAGAGAUGGGUCAAACAUUACAGGAGACGUCUGGCCUGUGAAUGUGAUGAAGCGAGCGACCCUGCUGCAGUUGAGAAAGAACGGGUCCGAUCGAUGAACUCCACCAAUCCUGUCGUGGUGCUGCGGAAUUACAUUGCCCAGAAUGCAAUCGAAGCAGCUGAAAGGGGUGAUUUUUCAGAGGUUCAGCGGGUACUUAAAGUUAUGGAGAACCCUUAUUCAUUUAGUCCAGAUCUGGAGAGUCCAGUAUGGUCAGACCAAGCUGAUGUCAACAGCAUUAAGAGACAGGAAGUAAUGGAAAAUAAACAAAGAAAAGCAGCAUCUGAUACUCACCGAAUUCCGUACAACAGUAAACCUCCUGCAUGGACCAGAAUGAUCUGUGUCACAUGAUCAUCCUAAAGCCUCCCAAACAUCACAGCCCAAUCUAAUUGAGAAAGAGCGAACAAGAGAAUAUGUAGAACUCUUGUGUUUCUCUGUCUCGAUCAGGUAUGUGUUGAGGGAGGCUGAACAACAUACAACACUCCUUGUUAUCAGAUAAUGCAGAGAUGGGCAAUAGGUAAAAGAAACAAUCUUUUCAUCGCUAUGCCAUUGAUGGUAUGAGAAACUGAUCAAAAUACUUUUAUUUUAAAUCUAUAAUACACAGAAAGAGAUGUUAAAGAAAACAGUCUCCCAGUUCUGCUUCUGCAGAGCCCCUCUGUCCAGUUCUCAAUGAUCUCUUCAAUUAUCUGAUCAAUGAAGACUCAGAUGUUCAGCUUUGCAUGCCUGUCUGAGUUUGAAAAACAAGGAGUGUCUUGUGCACACAUACAAACACAUCUUUUAUGUCUCUCUUGCAGUAUGCGUUUAUCAAUUUUAAGGGAUAGUUCACCCCAAAAUUUACAUCAAACUGUUGUUUUGCAUAAAAUGAAAGUGCUUUCCUGAUUUAUACGGUCAAAAAAAAACCCAAUAAAAGUAGUCCAUAGACUCAUAAGUCUUCUGCACGAGGUCUUCCAUAGAAUACAUUUUGUGUUAAUUAACAUUUAAUGAAAUUGUUAAACUAAAAGCUAUAAAUGUCAGUUCAGUUGAUUCAGUGUGUGAUUCACAAUAUUUUCCAUAAUAAAUGUUCUGUCAAUACCAAUGUUAUUUUGU